ACUCAAAGGACUAACACUCAAAGCAAAGAUGGCAUCUUCCAUUUGGAAUCCACUACACUAUCCUUUUCUGCUUUCUUCUUUUUCUUUACCUAUAAAUUCCAAGGUGCUUCUCUUGUCUUCAAAAUUUGCAUAUAUAGAAAUUACUUACUAGUUACUUCUGACCCUUUGGUUGUCCCAAAACUAGUUUAUUUGAUUGUCACAAGCCAAGCACCUGGAAAUUGGGGAUCUUUUGCCCAACAAAAUGGGAGCAAUAAUGUCAUGUAUUGGUAUCUCAAGCAAGAAAAUGUGCUUGGAUGACAAGCUUGAAAGGAAAAUAGCUGAAAUGAGAAGAUAUAAAUUUGGACAAAGCAAAUUGAAAUCAGUUGAUAGUGUAGUUAUGCUGUUCCCUAUGUUCAAGGAGAGACUGAAAACAUUAAGAGGAAUGUUUGAACAGUAUGAUGAGGAUUCUAACGGAUCUAUAGAACCCAACGAACUAAAAAAGUUCUUAGAACAUCUUGAACUUCAUCUUAAAGAGCAAGAGAUUGAGCAUCUUUUUCAGUACUGUGAUCUUGAUGGAAGCAAGGGCAUACAGUUCAAUGAGUUUAUAGUUCUUCUAUGCCUCAUCCAUCUCCUAGCAGAACCUUCAUCCUCUGAUAUUUCAUCCAAAGCUGAGUUAGCACAGGUUGGAGAAAUUUUUAAUACCAUAGUUGAGGUCUUUGUAUUUUUUGAUCAAAAUGGUGAUGGAAAGCUUAACCAAAAGGACAUGGUCAGGACACUGAAUGAGACUAAUCCAAGGGAAAGGUCACCGGCGCGUAUCUCUAAACACCGAUUUCAAGAAAUGGACUGGGACAAGAAUGGACAGGUCACGUUCAGAGAGUUCCUCUUUGGUUUCAUUAAUUGGGUUGGAAUUGGUGAUGAUGAAUAGAUACAUGAGAAGAAGUUAUACUACAGAGAGGAGUGCCUGAAGUUAGAUUGUGUUGAAUGUGUGUGAGCUUGAGUUUUCUCAUUUUUUAAGUUUGUGUUUGAGAAGUUUAUACACUUGUGGAAUUGAAAAUUAAGUAUGAAAAGAAAAACAUAAUCUUUGCCAUGCUUCAGCA